AUGGAGUCGGAGACGCGGGUUCUGCGCGCGGCGGGAGGCUUCGGCCGGGCCCGGCGUCUGCUGGCCGCCGCCUCGUGGCUGCCGUGCGUGGCGCUGGGGCUGGCGCUGGGCUCGGAGCCGCUGCUGACCGCGCUGCCGGCGCACCACUGCCGGCCGGACCCCGCGCUGCUGCCCCCCGCGCUGCGCGUCCUGCGCGGGCCCGCGCUGCUCGACGCCAGCGUGCCGCGCCUGGGGCCCGCGCGCGCCCGGAGCCCCUGCCUGCUCCUGCGCUACCCCGAGUCCGCGUCCCGCGCUCGCCCCAACGGGACCCGGCCCUGCACAACUGCUGCCCGAGGUCCGCCAUGGAACCUUGUGUGUGAGGACGGCUGGAAGGUGCCUCUGGAGCAGAUGAGCCACCUCCUGGGCUGGCUGCUGGGCUGUGUCCUCCUGGGUGCAGGCUGUGACUGGUUUGGACGUCGGGCUGUGUUUGUGGCCUCCUUAGUGCUGGCCACGGGCCUGGGGGCCAGUGAGGCCCUGGCGGCCAGCUUUCCUGCCCUGCUGGCUCUGAGGCUGCUUCAUGGGGGGGCCUUGGCAGGCUUUUCCCUGGCCCUCUACUUGGCUCGCCUGGAGCUGUGCGACCCCCCCCACCGCCUGGUGUUCUCCGUGGCGGCUGGCCUCUUCUCGGUGCUGGGCACCCUCCUGCUGCCCGGCCUGGCCCUGCUCGCGCAGGACUGGCGCCUUCUGCAGGGGCUGAGCGCCCUGGUCACGGGGCUUUUGCUGCUCUUUUGGGGGUGCCCACCCCUGUUCCCUGAGUCUCCCCGCUGGCUGCUGGCCACGGGACAGCCCGCCCGAGCCAGGAAGAUCCUGUGGCACUUUGCAGAAGCUGGGGGCGCGGACCCCGAGGACAGCUCAGAGGACGAGAGCUCCCUGGCUACGGCCACAGAACUGGACAUGCUGGGUGCAGGAAGCCCCCAGCCCCAGUACCACUCCAUCCUGGAGCUCCGGCACACCUGCAUCGCCUGGAGAAAUGGACUCAUCCUGGGCUUCAGUUCGCUGAUCUGCGGGGGCAUCAGAGCCAGCUUCCUCCGCAGCCUGACCCCGAGUGAGCCCGCCUUCUACCAGCCCUACUUUCUGGGCGCUGGCCUGGAGGCCGUAGCCACUGUGUUCCUGCUGCUGACGGGGGACCGCUGGGGACGACGCCCCGUCCUCUUGCUGGGCACCCUGGUCAUGGGCCUGGCGUCCCUGCUGCUUCUUGCCGGGACCCAGUACCUGCCAGAAUGGGCCAUGUGGUCACUCUCUGUCCUGGGCCUCCUGGCCUCCCAGGCCGUGUCCGCUCUCAGCAGCCUCUUUGCGGCCGAGGUAUUGCCCACGGUGACCAGGGGGGCCGGCCUGGGCCUCGUGCUGGGGGCCGGCUUUCUGGGCCAGGCGGCCGCCCCCCUGGCCGACCUGCACGGCCGGCGCGGCUUUUUCCUGCACCACGUGGUCUUCGCCUCCUUCGCCAUCCUGGCCCUGCUGUGCGUCCUGCUGCUGCCGGAGAGCCGGGGCCGCGGGCUGCCCGCGUCGGUGCAGGACGCCGACCGCCUGUGCCGGUCCCCACUCCGCGGGGGCCGCCCCCGCCCGGACCACCUGCCGCUGCUGCCGCCCACCCCCUGUCCGCAGUAG